CGGUCUUUCGUUGUGACGAUGGGCGGAUCUUCGCUGUGAUUGAGGGUUUGUGGUUUCCUUCCGGACCGUGUGGUCUUCAGAAUGAUGUCCUCCUAUUUUCACCUCCCUAAAGAAGCGGACGUGUCGGAGCCGCUGUGCUUGGAACGAGAUGUUUGCAGGGUGAUUGAGCUGCUGGACCGACUACAGCGCAGCGGUGAGCUGCCUCAUCCCAAACUGCAGGCCCUGCAGAGAAUUCUGCAAAGCAAAUUCUGCACUGCAAUCAGAGAGGUGUACGAGCAGCUUUAUGACACUCUGGACAUUGCUGGAGGACCAGAGGUUCGAGCACAAGCAACAGCCAAGGCUACAGUGGCGGCCUUUGCAGCCAGUGAGGGCCACGCCCACCCGCGGGUAGUGGAGCUUCCAAAGACAGAAGAGGGGUUGGGCUUCAACAUCAUGGGUGGCAAAGAACAGAACUCUCCCAUCUACAUCUCCAGAGUGAUUCCUGGGGGCGUGGCUGACCGGCAGGGAGGGCUGAAAAGAGGAGACCAGCUGCUGUCUGUCAAUGGCGUGAGUGUUGAGGGAGAGCACCACGAAAAGGCCGUGGAGCUACUGAAAGCUGCUCAGAGUUCAGUCAAACUGGUGGUUCGAUACACUCCCAAGGUCCUGGAAGAAAUGGAGGCUCGAUUUGAAAAGAUGAGGAUUGCCAGGACGGCACCAGCACACCAGCUACACGUGAGGCUGCUUGUUGUUCUGCACUCAUUCGUCACUGUUAAGUGACUAACUUAAGGAAAA